AUGAUGAUUUACCCUAGCUACCUUGCCGAGAAGGAAAUCGCUGACCAAACCAUUGCCAUAGCUCACUACAUGAAAGCUAACAAGCUCUACUCAGUGGGGAUCACCUGUGACUCGGGAGCUAAUACUGCAGCCACACUAGCCAAUGGUGGUAUGUGCCCCACAACUGACGAACGUGUUCUUAAAUCCAAGUCUUUUUGCGACACCGCCUCUCUAAUGUUCUCCUGCGGGUUGUAUGAUUACUCCGGACAAUUCGCAUUUAAGAACUUUGUUAAAAACUUCAAUUUUCAUAAUUUCGACGUCGCAUGUGGGACGAAAUGUGACCCCCGUAAUACCAACACCAAUUCACAGUCAACAGAGGUCCAUAGUCUUCUUUAUGCAGCUUACAACGGGGACGUCUCUGCAAUGAAAAGGUUUGCCCUUCAGGGCGUUGAGAUGACACAGCAGGACUACGACAGAAGAACGGCGCUACAUGUAGCUGCUGCCGAAGGGAAAAUACACGUCGUCCGAUUCCUCAUAGAGAAAUGCGAUGUGGAUUGUGGAAUACCAGACAGAUGGGGAAAAACACCAUUGGAUGACGCAAAGCAUUUUGAAAAGGAAGACGUGGUGCAGCUGUUAGAGACGCACAUGGCAUUACCGAUGGGUCCUAGAACGAGGAAACAGCUGUACCGUGUAAUCCAUUUUUCGCGUGCUGCAGCUAUUACCAUAUUAUUAAAGGUGCAUCACCUGUGUGUAUAAUGUCCGCCUGCCAGGGCUAAACA